AUGUCUGUGGCAGAGCUUGAUCAUCACAAUGCGACACACGGACUCGCACUUCCAGACCUCUCUGGUGCAGUACCCACCUCCACAGAAGCAAGGGCGAAGCGUCGUAUUGCUGCUCUAGAAGAGGAGUUACAGGUGAUGAAGCAAGAAAGAGGAACAAAGCAGAGAUUCAUCGCCGAUCUUGUUCACUACAUGCCUCUUACUCUCCGCCGCAUCGUUGCCCUUUAUGCUAACAUUGAAGACUUGAUUGCAGAGAAUGAUCGCAGAUGUGAAGAGGCCUGGCAGGAUUCCACUGCAGAUCAAAAUCGCUUGCAGCGUGGUUAUAUUGCACUGGCGAACGCUCUUCCAUGGAUCCAUGAAAGACUUGCAGAGCUUGACGCCAAUGACGCCGAGGAUAUGCUGAAAAAGAUCAAAAAAGGAGCGGAUGCGGCCCGCGGCGACGAUACCUCCACUCUCAAGGAUCUGGUCGCUGCCUGGGUCAACCAAAGUUUCCAUCCAUCCAAUUUACUCAAGUCCGAUGACAAACAGUCGCGAGGCUUUGCACACGACAUUUGUGGCAAAUUACUCUGUCCUGCUGAGUGGGACUGGAGUAAGGACUACGUGAAGGCAGGUAUUCGGGACAGAACGUCAGAAUAUAUCGUGUCGGAAAAUUCUUGGCCGCUGUUUGUGUACGAAAACUACUCAGUGAACAGCAGUAACCUUGAGCAAGGUCUUUUCAUGUCCAAGGUUCUGGUUCAGGCUUUCAAGGCCAUCUUUACAUCACCAUCUUCCGCAAAAGAAGCUGAUGGCAAUGGCGAUGGAGCCGAUAUCCUCGAGAACAACAGGCACACCCGGCGUGCGCUAAAUCAGGUCAAGGUCAAAAUGUGUGUGGCAUCGAUCAUUAACAUGAGGAAAGUUACUCCUCGCUCCAUCGCUUAUGUCGCCUGUCAGGUUCGGUUCGCGCUAUCUAAUGUCUCAUCUUGGUGUAUCGUCGACGGUGACUUCGACUACGAAGCAUUCUGGAACAACAUCGUGGACUUUUUCGAGGAUGCCCCUGGCCCUGUCGCAAAGGUUUUUGGAAAAAACCAUCGUGAGGACCUCACGCCAGAGGUUGUAUCCAAAAUGUCCGUCACAGCACUGGCAGAACAGAGGAAGGCGCUAGAAGACGCUGCUUUUGAUUCAGACUAG